UACACGUAAACAUAUGCGAGAUUUACAAACGCGAACACUGCCCUAUAUCUAUUAGUACAUCCUGACUCUCAUGCGUUUGCGUCACCACUAUUGAGCUCCACAACCUUGGAUGCGGGCAAAGCAUAACCGGUUUAUGCAAGUUGAACACGACGAGAAGUCACGGUGCCGAGUGCGGGUACUUCGACGAUUUUUAUCUGUAGACCGCAUGGCUGAUAUUUGAAACGACUUCAAGCAAAGAUGGAGAAACCUCGCGUGCUUCUGUGGUGCCAUCCCCGCAGCACCUCUUGCGCAUUCUUGCGCUCAAUGAUGACCAUUCCAGGAAUUAAGGCAUUCCUGGAACCAUUUGGCAACGCUUACUUCUUCGGGUCUGAGCGUGUUAGUACGCGAUAUGCCGACGAACCAAUAACAGAGGACGCUACCUUUUUGGACAUCAAGAAUACGCUGGAGAAAGAAUAUCCGGAAAACACCUGCAUUUUCUCGAAAGACAUGCCAUUUUUUCUCACCGGCAAACUCGACACCGUGCAGCAGUAUAUUCCAAAGGGCUUCGUCCACACUUUUUUGAUACGAAAUCCACGUGACGCGGUGAUGUCAUAUUAUGAUGUUUCUAAUGGAAAGUACCCAGGUUUUGACUCUUUCGUCCCGUCCGAAGCUGGAUUCGAGGAGUUGUGGGAAUUGUACUGCCUUCUCGCGAAGAAUAUCGGUGAAGAUAAACUCUUGGUGUUUGAUGCGGGUGAUCUGCUUGAAUCCCCUGAACUGUAUCUCCAGCAGUACUGCAGACACACUGGACUUCCGUUCACCAAGAAGAUGGUGGAGUGGGGAGACGAGAAACCAGCAGACCAAUCAUGCUUUGUCGGCUGGGAACCUUGGGUGGAGGGUGUCCUAAAUUCUACAGGAUUGCAUAAAUCAGCAACACGACAAAGGAACUUGGAUGAUUACCCUGACGCUGUCAGGGAGGAGAUUGAGCAUUCACUACCGUAUUAUGAAAAACUAUACGCGAAGAGGUGUAUGCCCCAUCCUCAAUAAGAAGAUAGAAUAAAUUGUUGGAACAUAAUGCGGCUACUUUACUGCUCAAUUUGCGAGAAAAGCUUUUGGAAAGCUUAUAGUAUCUGUAAUGAAUGCAGUUCAACUUUGAUAAAAACAUUCGGAGUUGACCGGGGCUACGAUGGGCUACGUAGAGAAGACCUUCUUAGACCAAUACUUCAUCCCCAAAAGGGACGAAGUGCGAGGUGCAUAUUGCGAAAAUGAUUGGUUGACGAAACAAUGGGGCCGUAUUUACAAAGCCCUCGCAUCUUUGCGACCACGCAAAUCUAUUGUUCACCUGCAUACACCCUAUUGUUCACUGACUGGCGGACAAAAGAUUAGCGUGGUCGAAAAGUUGCGAGGACUUUGUAAAUAUGGCUCCCUGAUUGGUUGGCUAGCCUUGUGACGUCAAACUAUUGUUACACCAAGGGUUUUUCCUGUUUUUCAUCAUUGUUUAAGCUUAAAUGCGUUUGGGCUGGAAUUCCUGGCUUUUUUGAGGUAGCACAUAGGCUCGAUGUACAGCGUAGCGGAUCGAGGCUAUAUAAUUAAUAAUGGGCUAAGACUUUCUUUGCUUGUUUGAUACGUAAGUUCACAUGGUUUUGAUCAUGAUGACCACCAACAUCAUAAAAUAUGGCAUGAAAUAAAGACACAUUCCAUCUUCUUAAUAUUGCAUAAGACAGCUUUAGUAACUUUAAAGGCAAUUGUCAUCUUAUCUUUUUAGUUCAAUUAUAUAUUCUUUUCGAAAAACCCAUUAAUCUCAGAACUCAGUCUGGAGUAGGUCACGAUUAUCAUAAUCUAAAUUCUAAAACCACUGGUUAAAAUGUUGUUAUUUUUUUCAUAAUUGGUGAUGUUUUAGCCUCGUUUAAACCGCGGAUUCUCUGGAUGAGAGUACCACAACCUCUUGAGUGAGUAUAAAGCGCGUCGAAAACAGAUUCUUGGCGGAUUAUGCCUAAAAUGUACCAAGGGGUACGCCGUUCGUAAUUACUGGUGGUCCAGAAAAAUUGAAAUGCAGUUAUACAAAAUGCCAUAAUGCAGUUUUUAUGGAUACGAAUUUGUUGAAACUUUGGAUUUACAUUAUUUGUAUAUCUAUCUACACAACGGCAAUGCUGAACGUUAUACAGUUAGUACCCAUAAAUGCAAUUGGAAAUUUUCAAAUUAAAUUUCAAAUUUUUAUCGAACGGCGAAGGCCUUUAAGGUGUGUUAGAAUAGAAAUGGAUAUCUCUUUGCUGGAGUUUGGACGCCAGUUCGCCAUCAAUUACUUCAUUCACGACAUACAUGUGUUCAUGUGGCGUCACUGGGGAUGAAAUCAGCUGCGGUUACAUGUUACUGAUAGGCUAUAUUCAAUCAAACGUGCCGAACGAGCCUGUCAACGUGAUUAGACUGCUGGAUGUAAAUUGGCGAGUAAAGUAAAUAGGUCAAGCUGGGAAAAUCAAGAGCAAUUUGUCGUUGCUAUUAUUAAUGUAACUGUUGCCAAUCUCGGGUAAUUAUUGUAAAUAUCAAUUACCAAAUGUACGUGGGGGGGGGGGGGGGGGUGAAUUUACAAAUCUAGGUCUGUCACAAUGACAUUUUGACCAACACUAACGCUACGUUCCUUGUAGUUACAUACGAAUCGAGGUAAGUCAUCAAAGCUAGAGGCAUAUCGGUAUUAAAUACGGUGAACUCCAUUGGAAGGGGUCAGUGAUCUGACCUUGUUUUUUGUAUGUAUUCGUGUACACUUGCGGUCAGAAGUCAAUCGGCCUAGGGGCCCGAAAGGACGGGUUCAUUCAACUUCUGCAAAAGCCUAUGGAAAGCUUUCCCGCUGCCGUCGCCGCGGUAGAAUUUCGUUCGGCUCCAGCAUGUACUAUCCCGCUUUGGUUGACUGUAGUUUUGCCGCGUAGGUCGGAGCAGCGGAAAGCCGCUCUUGUAGAACCAGACCCUGCGAAUGAUUUACAAUAAACCAGACAAGAGUCUCCCGAGGAUGAGUUCAUUGAAACAACGGUAAUGAAACAUCAACACACAAACAAACACAACAUGCGAUCAUAGAUCAUAGAUCAAGUGAACUGGCUAUAUAUUGACAAUGAUCUGAUUACCAUGUGAGUGAUAUCCCAAAGGUUUGUUUUGUCCGGUCAUUCUCGGAUGCUGUGCUCCUUUGUCAACAGAUAUCGCUCUCAUUAACGACUGGGAACGUAUCGCGUAACAAUUUACGGCUCUCCAGGAUUACCCCGGGACAUUGGUUAUAGACUUAUCAUCACGCCAUUGGUAGGUGGACAUCAGAUUAUUCCCCUUACCAGGAUCUAAUAUGCCGCUAGACCGGCCAAAAACGUAGGUUGUACGCUGCGUAUUGUCAUGUAUUUAACUUCGGAGUUCGUAUUCGCAGCUCAAGCCGUCUGAUUUUUAGUGCGCAAGGUUGGAGUAUCUUUUACAAUACGUUAGCAAUGUCUGAGGUUGAGAUUGGACACAUCGACUCGGAUUUACGUUAUAUUCCUGCCCUCUUAAUCAAUAAAGACCGGGUCGUGUUUCUUUGCUUGUUAGUGGUAAGUUUGCUGCUCUUUCACGAUUUACCGUUGGUGUAAGUGAACAUGGGAACUAUUAGGUUAUACAUUCUUACUCCGAGUCCAACAAAUCAAGUUCCUCACUCUAUCAGGUGCACGUGGUUUGUUAACAUCAGCAUUGUGUGUCACUGUCAAGAUGGAUUUUAGGCAUUGUCAGUGAGUUCUAAAAAAGAACUGUAAAGUGCUGAUAAGAAUUAACAUCGACUGAAUAGUUUUCAGUAAAAAAAGAUAAACGGAAUGUUUCUGCCUAUACUUAAGGAGUAGUUAUUCAUAUAUAGGCGAUGGGAUCGGAACUAAAAAAAGGUGUCUUAAGAAAGAUUGUUUAAAAGGAAAACACAUCAACCUAAGGUAGGUUACAGUGUCGAAUUCCAAGCGAAUUUCUUCCGAGUAAAACGCGAUUGAACUCAAUGAAAAAUAAUUUACUUGAACUGUGAGUAAGUGACGAACUGGGUCAGCAGCACACCAAACCUUAGGAGGAAUGAUAAUGUUAGUUAGAAGUUUGUAGGUUGCAAUAAGCUCAAUCAGACGUCAAUGGAACAGUCGAGAGUCUUUAUCCCUGCAGCAAUCACGAAAUUUCGACGCCUGACAUCAAGACAUGGGGACUCUUUUCAUAAAAUGAGCAUUGGUUAAAAAAUAACUUCUCACAACUCAUGGGAAAUCGAUUUUGACCUCACGAACUGAUGGUCGGAAUGAACGUUUGCUAAAAAAUGGCUGGCCACUUUUCCAAAGGGUGUGGUAAGUUACGGAUAUUUGGAAUUAUCGUGACUUCCGUUUCUGUACUGGUUGGAUUUUCCACUUGCCGAAAUGUGACAUGUUCUACGGAAUGCCGAGACGAUGGGGGAUCAGAUCCGAACUGCUUCUGUGACCGAUUCUGCUCGGUAUACAAUGACUGUUGCAAGGAUUAUAACUCGGCAGUCAAGGUUAGUGAUGAACAUCAUGUGGAGUUGAGGAAGGCUUUCAGGUGUACGCCUGGUGAUGGAAGUCCCUAUGGUGAUUUCGUCUCGGGUCGUAUUUUGGUGCCGAGCCAAAAGUACGUAGUCGCGACUUGUCCAUCGUGGUACAAAGAUCCUACAAUGAAAUCAAAAUGUGAGCAUCGCGGUGUUAGCAAUUUGUUCCUUUUCUUACCCGUGACUAGCAAAAAGUAUGGCAUAAUGUACAAGAAUGUCUUCUGCAGUAUGUGCUGGGGCGAUUCCGAUGUGCUUUACUGGAAAAUCAGCGCACACAAAUUUGAAUAUGAUGUAUUGGGAAAUGAAGAAUCGAAAGGGGAUGCAUUUCGACUGAAGGAAAUUCCCCCUGCUUGGCGAACAUUACUUCAUCAUUUCAAACUGAAUGAAACUUCACUCGAAAAUGUAGACGGGUUUAUGUUUGAAAGUCCCAUAGCAAAUUCUUUGCGAUCAUGUGACCCUGUUGUGAAUUCCUGCCCUGACGACUGGUCUGAGGAUGGUGAUAAGGUCACAAAACGCUGUAGAGCAUACACGUCGUACGUCUAUGCUUACACGGGACACCAGAAUGCAGUGAAGUACAGCAAUAAGGACUGUGCCAAAUGUAAUAAUAUUUCCGAUUUCCAUUGCUCCUUUGAUAACCUGCUGGGGGCUACAUUUUAUUCCGAUCCUGCCAUGAUGACAGGCUUCAGUUCAAUCGUAACUUUGUUUGAUUUAGAUCAUAUCGCGGGAGGUGGCCUCUUCACUGAUCCAUGCAAAGACACCGAGGUCUACGACCCGAUUUCCGAAAAGUGUCGGUUUUUAUUCUGUUUUACUCUAGAGGGCCAGUCGGAUGAGUUAUGCACUGGGAACUGUACCUAUGUUACAUUUGAUCAAUGGGAGUACACGAUCAACGCAAAUGACUCUGUCUAUAUCAACAAAUAUGCCGCUUUGAUUUCAGGCGGGGAUUACGUUUUAAAAAAUCGAAGCCUCCUCAUAUGCGAGCACAUUAUUCGGGAGAUCAUCCGGGCUAAGUUUCCCUUUACGAGUGGCGACACGGCAAAAGGGAUCGUGUCCUUGAUCGGCCAGAUACUUUCCAUGAUCGGUUUGGUUAUCCACUUAGUAGCAUCGAUGAUAUUUCAGUCUCUAAGGCGCAUACCAGUAAGUAAGGCCAUAAUGUCGCUGGACGUUUCGCUGCUACUCGGACAAGUCAACCUUCUUGUUGGGUCAGGUUUAAUCGAUCAGUUCCUGUGGUGUAAAAUAGCCGGGAUUCUUGUACACUAUUUUUUUCUUGUCUCAUUCAUGUGGAUGAACGUGUUAGCAUUUGAUCUCGCGUCAACCUUCGCGUCAACAAGUAUAAUCACGCGAGAUUACGAACACGCAACGAGAAGGUUCGUGAAGUACUCUGUUUACGCCUGGUUUACGCCUGUGCUCAUCGUAGCAGUAGCCAUUACCUUUAACGAAGCAGAUCUGGCCCCUAAUCUACGACCACUAUACGGUAAAUUCGUUUGUUGGUUCGGGAACCCUAGCGCCCAACUUGUGUUUUUUCUCAUUCCUGUCGCAAUAGUUCUUGUCGCAAACCUGGUUCUGUUUAUGUUGACGCUUUAUGGCAUCUGCACAGUGCAGAAGCAGGCAAAAGCUGCACGGAAGGGAAAGAAAGAUAAAUAUUAUUUGUUUAUAUAUUUUAAAUUAUUCGUAAUAAUGGGUUUGACCUGGUUAUUUGGGUUUAUAGGCACUGUGUCGAAUAGUGAGCCUAUUUGGUACUUAUUCAUCGUUUUUAACAGUAUGCAAGGACUGUUCAUUUGCUUUGUAUUCUUGUGUAGGAAGAAUAUAUGGCACCAGGUAACCGAGAAAUGUACUGGAUCAAAAGUAAUUUACCGCCGAGCUAGGAAUAGUUUGUCCUCAAGCAGUGGUAAACGCGUCACACAGACUAGCAGUCUGUAGACUUUAUCUAUAAUACCUUAGAUGGUCGACUUGGGGACGAGAUUUGGGCAUUUAGACCGUCUUAUACCAUCCGUCAUCGUCAUAUUGAAGAGUCUGUCCGCGCUUCCAUUCCACCACGUGACGAUUGAGGUCGCGCAGAUAUAGUGUUGAUCCGAGCCAAACUGCAACCAAAGCAAGAACCACGAUCUCCUGAUUAUUAGAAUCCGACGCUUUAAUGCCUCUACCACUGCACAAUCUCAUUUGCAGAUACAGGGUGUAUGCCAUUGCAAAAUAUCAUGGUGUUUCAUUUUUUAGCAUCUUUCCAGAAUGUAUUUUCCGAUUCAUAUGAUCGAUUCGUAAAACAUGUACAAUGAGUGGAGCAUCGUGUACCACAAGUUAUCUGAAUGAUGUAAAUUUACUGCACACGUAUUAAACAUUUGUUGAUGUA